GAUAGCAAUGACUGCUGUGCCUCAAUUAUAUGAUAUCGGGGUUAGCGUUCAUUUUAAAACCUGCUUGUUCAUACUAUGCAGGCUGUAUGUCAGAUUGCAUCAGUAACCGAGUAAGCAGAGUAGAGAAGUGGCGCGUUUGAAAUUAUACUAUAUAUAUACAGAACGACUCACUGACUCUAGCCUUAAACAAUAACACGCCUGCCCUGAUGCCGAAAGGAGUGGUCACACCCAGACCCAUACAGUUGCUAUGGGACGGUUCAGUUGUUGCUAUGGAAGGCAGCAGUUGCUAGGGUCCCGGUGUAAUGCGUUGACAUGGAAGAUUGACGAUGUUUUUAGCGUGUCAGUUCUGCUUCUGCUGUAGCCCAGUGUAUGUCAAUCUUUUCCAUUAAUUUAUGCCAUUUAUUUAUUUUCCAUUUAUUUUGAUUUAUUUAAAAGUUAAGGAUGGCAGUCUCAAUUAGAGCCUCCUGCCAAGAACUGCCCAUAAAUGAAGUCAUCUGUUCAACGUUGGAUAUAGAAGCACCUACCAGCCGAGCAUCCUACAGUGUAUUAUAGGCCUGACGCCACUGGGGUACUCCCGACCCUUUAGGGGGGUUUGCUAAACUUUCUAAAGCCUCACACGUGACCCGUAAAGAACUUCUUAUGUGUGUGUAAGAGUCUAAGCAGCUUCUUAAGAGUCGCGCGGAAGAAGGGAAAGACCGCAGCUGCACACCUCAUCAGAACGGGAGGGUGCUUCUCUUGGAAAGCACUGUGUGUGUGUUGUUUUUAGGCGUACCGACCACCAGCCUGCGGCGAAGAGAAGAGAAGAGAAGAGGUCUCGUACUUACAUAAGACACGAAACAUAAGACAACAAGGAGCCCGACCAGCAGCAAGCCACGUCGAUCCAAGAAGAUAUGUCGGUGAUGAGCAGUCUGCCAUUCCUGAAGCCGGAAAACCUGAGGACCUCCUUAUCUUCACCUGGCCGACAGCGGCGCCACACCCUCCCGGCCAGUGAGUUCCGCUGCCUCACCCCAGAGGAUGCGAUCAGCGUGUUUGAGAUUGAGAGAGAAGCCUUCAUCUCGGUAUGUGGAGAUUGUCCCCUCCAUUUGGACGAGGUCCGCCACUUCCUGACCCUCUGUCCUGAGCUGUCUCUGGGCUGGUUUGAAGAAGGCAGGCUGGUGGCGUUCAUCAUUGGCUCCCUCUGGGACCAGGAGAAGCUCACAGUGGACGCUCUGACCCUGCACAAGCCCCACGGCUCCACGGUGCACCUCCACGUGCUGGCAGUGCACCGCACGUUCCGACAGCAGGGCAAGGGCUCCAUCCUGAUGUGGCGCUACCUGCAGUACCUGCGCUGCCUGCCCUACGUGCGCCGCGCCAUGCUCAUGUGCGAGGACUUCCUGGUGCCCUUCUACCAGAAAUCGGGGUUCAAGGUCCUGGGCCCCUCCGAGAUCACCGUGGGGCCCCUGAACUUCAUCGAGAUGCAGUGCCCCGUGAGGGGCCACGCCUUCAUGCGACGCAACAGUGGCUGUUAGGCUGGCCUUGCCGCCUGUUUCUCAGGCAGUGGUCCAGGGUGGCGUCUCGUCAGGGUUUGUAGCUUAGCUGUGUCAUGUUGGCUGAGGUAGUGCAGCAUUUAGAGGCUAGGCUUUCUGCACUGCGUGGCAA